AUGCCAUCCCUCGAAAAAAAUUUGCUAGAUGAAGAGAGCCUUAUUGAAUCAGAGCCAAAGACGCACUCAAGGAAGCCUGGAUGGAAGGCAAUGCCAUACAUUUUAGGAAAUGACACAAUUGAGAGGUUGGCAACUUUUGGAAUGCAAGCAAAUUUUGUGGUGUAUUUGAUGAAAGUGUAUAACAUGGAUCAGGUGCAUGCUGCAACCAUUUUGAACACUUGGCUUGCUAUCUCCAAUGUUGCUCCUCUCAUUGGUGCCUUUUUUGCCGAUGCCUACUUGGGAAAGUUUCGAACGAUUGCAAUUGCAUCCUUUGCUAGUCUUGUGGGUAUGGUGAUAGUGAUGCUAACAGCGUGGGUGCCACAAUUUCAUCCUGCACCAUGCUCAAUUCAGCACCAGCUAAGUGGUGUGUGUACAGGCCACACAAAUUUCCAAUUGGGUGUUCUACUUUUUGGUCUGUUUUGGUUAUCUAUAGGCACUGGUGGAAUUAGGCCUUGUUGUAUUCCCUUUGCGGUUGACCAAUUUGAUUUGACCACUGCUGAAGGAAGGCAUGGAAGCAGUUGCUUCUACACUAUGUACUACACAACACAGACUUUGAUCAUGUUGAUUAACCAAACUCUUUUGGUUUAUAUCCAGGACUCUGUUAGCUGGACUCUUGGUUAUGCACUGCCCAGUGUUUUUAUGUUUAUUGCAAUAAUUGUUUUCUUUGCUGGCACUAAAGUUUAUGCCUAUGUUAAUCCUGAGGGAAGCAACUUUUCUAGCAUAGCUAAAGUGCUAGUUGCAGCCCAACAGAAGCGCCACCUUCAUCUACCUGCUGCUGAGGACACACAAGAAGCCUUUUAUGAUCCUCCACUCCAGAAUGAUUCAGAAGUAAAGCUGCCUCUUACAAUUGAGUACAGGUGCUUAAACAAAGCUGCUCUUGUUGUGGUGGAAAACGAAUUGAACACUAGUGGAUCAAGCAAAGACCCUUGGAGACUUUGUAGCAUCCAACAAAUUGAAGAGCUGAAAUGCUUGCUUAAGAUCAUGCCAAUAUUCAUAAGCAGUAUCAUAGUCAACAUUCCCGUGGGACAACAAGCAGUAUUUGCAGUAUCACAAGCCUUGAAAAUGGAUAGGCACAUGGCACCCAACUUUGAGAUACACGCUGGUUCUGUAAAUGUAAUUAUGUUACUAUCAAUAGGUGUGUUCCUCCCAAUCUAUGAUCAAUUAAUUGCUCCUGCACUAGAGAAAAUCACCAAGCAAGAAGGGGGACUCACAACCCUUCAAAGAAUUGGACUUGGACAUGCUUGUGGGAUUCUAUCAAUGUUGGUUUCAGGGUUGGUGGAGAUCAAGAGAAGGGAAUUGGCCAUUUCUCAAGGUGCACUUGAUGGGGUUGCACCCAUGUCUGUGUUGUGGCUAGCUCCUCAAUUCAUGCUUUUAGCAUGUUGUCAUGUAUUUGCAACUGUUGGGCACACUGAAUUUUUCAACAAUGAGUCACCCAAUGGAAUGAAAAGUAUAGGCAACUCUUUGUUGUGCCUCAAUGUUUCAGCUGCUAGUAACCUUUGCAGCUUCGUAGUGAACGUUGUGCAUUCUUUUACUGGGCAGCAAGGUCAUCCAGAUUGGCUUGACAGUGACAUUAACAAGGGAAGAUUAGAGUACUUCUAUUUUCUCAUUGCCGCUUUGGGAGUGUUAAACAUGUGCUUUUUCAUAUUUUGUGCUCGUCGUUAUCAUUACAAGAUCCCUGUGAAUGGAUGA